AUGUCUCUCAUUCUGCUGAAUACGCCAGGCUACUGUCUGGUAAUCGCCACCGCUUUUUGCUUCAUCGUUUACACAGAAGCCAGCUGCUACUGUGGCUACCGUCGUUCUGGAAUGGUUGUGACUCUCCGAUGCACUUCGGAGGCAAGCGAACUUCCACGAUCGGUGUUUCGACUAGUGCUCUGCGAACGCAUGGGAGAUAUUGUCCGAAUCGGUGACUCUAGCAGUGUAACAGCUGUCCGAGAAGAGACUGGAGUCCUCGGCAUGGCUAUAGAACCUUAUGGAUUAAGUCAGCUUCAAUUAGGUGGUCAAGUUGUAAAACUUCAGUUAAAUCUCCCACUUCAAGCGAAACUACUUGAUGCUUUGGCUUUUGCUGGUCUACCAGAUUUGAAGACCUUCCAUGCGUGGAGAGCUCCAAUAGCUCUUGAAGGCUGUAGUUUGGCAGGACUUCCCAAAUUGGAAAGUCUCGUUUUGAGCUGUGGCUCUACGUUUGAUCGCUAUAUCACCUUCGGGCCUUCGUUCAAGAGCGUUCGACUAAUUGGCUGCCUUGGACGUCCUCUCCAAUUCAUCUGCACACAAUGCACUCAAAGGCCUGAUAUUAGUGUUCUUCGAAUUCUGCCCGGUCCACCAUCCCACGGAGGAAUUGUGACCUUCGAGAGUUGGUGGAACUCCUCUCAGACGAAUAAUUCUGUCGUUCUAGGCAAGUGCCGACCAGGUGUAUGCUCUGAUGAGCACAUGUGUCGGCACAGCUACGCCCUCAAGUUGUCCCGAACUUAUCGACCUCGAAAGACCUGGACUGCGACCACUCCAGUGAUUUUGACGACAGCGUCUGGCGGCAAUGUUCCUUCCUUCAUCUCCAUCUUUUUGCCCAUUCUCGCCUUAGUACUUAUGCUUUCCAUUGCUCUGUGUCUCUUCAUGACUCUGCGAAUUUCUGGCAAGUUGAAACGAAAGAGAAAAUUGGUCCACCAAGAAAGACAGGGUGGGGACAACUCUCAGAUGAGACCAGAAGCCACCGCUCCACCGAGUUCAGUGUUAGCCUCAUCAGUGCCUUUAAAUGGGAACAACUCAAUCAAAAGCUAG